AUGUACCAAGGACCUUCAACUAGUAGUGCAGGCCAUGAUUUCGACGGUGUAGUUGUUGAACCCGUGAACGAAUCGCGGCCGCCGCCAACUCCCGACAAGGACCAUGAAGCUAGACUUCUUUGCAUAGUGGACGAUAUGUGCACUAGAGACAUUUUGGACCGUCAUUUGGGUUUUGUCACUCACAAAACCCAAGAAGAAUGUUUCGCAACGUUUUCAAAAAAAGACCUUGGCUAUUUAAAGCAACAAAAUAUGAUGUACAUCAAUGCGUGUGCUCCGUCAUCUCGUUUCACCAUCGAACGGUGUGCAAUGUUCGAGGAGGACGGAGAUGUUGGUGCGAAGGUAAUGGCCGCAAAAGAUUUGAAGAGCGGCACUGUGAUUCAUGAACUGUGUGGAAGGCUGGUGACGGUUAGAGAAUCAUUUUUGAAGCCUGGACRAAAUGAUUUUUCUGUCGUCCACAGCAACUAUAGUAAGAAGUCACAGUUAUGGUUGGGUCCCGCUGCUUACGCAAACCACGAUUGUGAAAGCAAUUGUGACAUUCACUAUCUGCGGAGCGGUGUGGCGUGCCUUCGCACCAACAGGCCAAUUCGUGUCGGUGAGGAAGUCACAGCUUACUACGGGCGACAUUUUUUUGGUGCAAAUAAUAUGCAUUGCCUUUGCACAACUUGCAAGGGAAAAUUAGAAGGUGCGUAUGCUAAUACUGAACCUCCACUAGUAGCAAGACCGUUUCUGCAAUGUGCCCAUUGUCCUGCGAGGUUUCGGUUUAAAUCGUGGUUGGUGCGUCAUCUUUCGAGGCACGUGAACAUCGAUAAGCUUUCAUGUGGGAAAUGCGGUGAGUCCUUCAGCAGAAAAUCAUCGUUGAAGAGGCACGCCGAAGGCCACGAUUCCUCCCUGAAAAAAUUUCCAUGUACACUGUGCCCAAAGUCCUUCACACGGAAAGAAGAUGUCGCUCACCAUGAAAACACCGUUCACCUUAAAUUCUCAACUCACAAUUGCAUGGAUUGUAAGUUGACAUUUAAGUCCAACAAGGAGAUGCAGUAUCACCACAAUCGUUGUCACACUGGAUUAAAACCAUUUACCUGUGAACAGUGUGAUGCGGCAUUCCACGCACCAAAUGCUUUGCAUAACCACCGGAAAAGGCGGCAUUAG